AUGGCUUCCACCUUGAACUCUGCUCCGGCUGCAAACAGCUCAUCCGGCAAUGCCCACUCGACACAGAACUCCGGGCGCCCCUCUCUGAGACCUAGCGCCAGCACCAAGGGGGACGGUCGCCGACAGUCUGGCAGCCCUGUUGAUGGUGCUCAGCGGCGCGCGAACUCCCAGAAAGCCUGGACCCAAGGGACCAACCCCAUCACCCAACGCUCCUCAUUUUCAAACGGAAACAUGGCUCGCCAGUCAGGCUCUCCCCAGCCCGGCCUGAAGGAGUCCAACACCCCCGAUAAUCACGCCCAUGACCGUUUACUGUUCUUAUUUGCCAGUUUCAUUGGCCUGCAUACAACAAUUACUACCAAAGGCGGAGACAGAUUUACCGGCAUUUUCUCAUCUUCGACACUGGAAGCGAGCGAGUCAUCAAUUCUACUGAAGAUGGUGCAGCGAGCAUCUCAGGAGAACCAACCUAAAACUAAUGGCGUGAGUGAUGCGUCCAGCCCUUACCUAGGAUCUGGACAGGAGCACAGCAUGAUCUUUGAUAUCAAAGAUGUGUCGGACAUCGCUGUACCGGACGUCUCACCGGCUGAGGUCUCGGCCAAGGAAUCCAAUGGCGCGAGUGGUUUCAGAACUGACGCUGACAUUUCCGGGAAUUUGGCAAUGCGCGAGCGCACCCUCAAGCGUUGGGAGCCUGCUGCUGACGAGAUUAACAUGUCCUUGGAGAGCACUGCGGGUGAUUCCGCGGGCUGGGAUCAAUUUGAGGCCAACGAACGUCUCUUCGGUGCAAAGACCAAUUACGAUGAGAACCUUUACACUACUCGCAUUGACCGCUCAGACCCUACAUACCGCCAGAAGCAGGCCGAGGCGGCUCGCAUUGCGCGUGAGAUCGAAGGCCAGGAUCAUGAAAAUGCCCACAUGCGUGAAGAGAGAGGUCUGGUGGCCCCUGACUCUGGUGACCAGGACGAAGAAUCUAAGUACAGCGGUGUCCAGCGGGAGGCCAAACCCUUCCAGCCUCUCGUUUCUGGCCAACCCAAUAAAUAUACUCCUCCUGGACGCCGUCAACCGAUACCUCCCAUUGCCUCCACGAAGCAAACAUCGGCUCCUGUUCCUCAGGCUCCAGCCAAGGAAACUGCCCAUGUUGAGAAGCAACAGCCAACUCCCGCAGUCCAGCCAAGUGCUGAGACAGAGCAGAACACUGACAACGUCAAGGCGGCGCCUGCUGCUUUGACCGCAAAGCAGCAGCGCCCUGCUCCCGAUAAUGCCACUGCCAACGUUGAGACUGAGGUUCUCGAUCACUUCCGCCAAUUUGCCAGCAGCGAGAAGCUGAAGGUUCAAGAACGUCGUCGCAACCAAGCGUCGUACGAUCGUACGGUCAAGUUGAACGAAUUAAUGAAGUUUUCUAAAAAUUUCAAACUCUCUACUCCUGUUCCCAAGGAUCUAGUGCCCAUUCUCGCCAAGGAUCCCCACAAGCAAGAGGCUAUCAUCGGCCGGCUUCAAUCGCCAGAUGAGAAGGCCAGCCCGAAGCCUGCCUCGCCGGUGGCUGAGCAGAAGCCCACUGCUCGUGCUACCGGCCCUACUGGUACAGCACCACCUGUUGCGCCUUCUGAUCGCCAGAAUUUUGUUCGGGGUCGUCAAGGCUAUCCUCCUACGGGCCCUCUUGCUGGCCCUGGUGGUCGCUUUCCACAGCAGCCCAUGCAGCAGGGUCGUCCAGGUGCUGGUAUGCUUAGCCACCGCCUCCAGGACAAUCUACAGCAGCGUAAGGGUACCAACAUGGCCCCUGUUCCAGCUCCGUUACCCGUUCAGGAUGCUCGGGGACCUCCAACUGGCCCUGCAAGCGAUCAACUCCGGAUCACUAGCCCCGUGAAGUCUCAGACAUCGGCCUCAGCUGCGUCAAAAUUCAAUGUACGCGCGAUGGAAUUCAAGCCCAACCCUGCGGCAAGCACUUUCACCCCUGGCGGCGGUUCCGGAUCCUCUGCUGGUUCUGGCGCUACUGGUGCUACUGGUACUGCCGCCGCGAUUGCUACUGCCACCGCCGCCGCUAGUGCCAGCCCGCGAUCUUUCUCGCGAAAUACUUCUGUUUCUCGUGCGACUACACCCUCUGCAUUUUUUGGCACGAAGAAGCCUCAGUCCAUCUCCGAGAGACCAUCCAUUGAUGAUCAAUUUAAUCCCAUAAAGCGCAUGAAGAAAGAGAGCGCGGAGGCAGCUGAAAAGGCCGGCAAGCCUUACACUCCAUUCAAUGGCGGCGUUCCCCCUCCUUACAAGACCUUGCCCACUUGGGAUGUGUCAGAGGCCAAUCAGGAGAAGACUUUUGACCAGAUGUUCAAACAGCCGAGCAGUAUUCCUUCGGCUUCCCCUCAGGGCCGUUCUGCCUCAAACAACCCCCAUCUUCCCCAGUCGCAGAUGCCUUUCUACCCGGGGGCCAACCAGGGUAUGCCAACUUCCUCCGGUCUUUCCAGUGGACCUCACAUGCACCAAGGCUCCCAUGGCCCUAAUCCGGGCCACAUGGAUGAUCAUCAUCGCAUGCAGUUGUCCGCCUCGUCUUCGCAGGUUUUCCCCUCGCCUCGUAUGGGACAAAGUCACUUGGGAUAUCCGUCCCCUAUGGUCCCACAUGCGCAGCUGGCAUUCGGUCAGCCAUAUCAGGGUGGCCCCCAGUUCAUGAGCCCGCAAGCUGCCAUGGGAGCUCCCAUGAUGAUGCCGCAGGCUUCCAACGGAUCUUAUAUGGGUGUGCCCCAGGGCAUGUCUCCCUACAACCCGCAGGUUCAGAUGUACUCCCCUUCUCCCGCCCACGCCUAUCCCCAGCAUGCGCCCCCUCAUCAGCCGCACAGCGGCUACCCUAGCCCCAGUCGCGGUGCGCCCAUGAUGAUGCACCAAAACUCGCAGUCGGGCCAGCCUCCCCAGCAGAUGAUGUUCAUGUCUGGACAGCCUGGAUAUGGGGCUCAACAGCCCGGACACAUGCCUCCCGGUCGUGGUGGCUAUCCCCAGCAGCAACCUCAUUUCUCCUCGAGCCCGCACCAGGGUCACCAUUUCCCUCCUAAUCAGCACCGAACACCAAGCAACAGCUAUAACCAGGUCCCUCAGAUGCCUUCCCAGGGUCCAUCUGGCGCCCUGGCAAACGCAGGCUCUGGUUCGCACUCUGCUGAGCCCACCGAUGAGGGCAAAUGA